AUGGCUGAGAUGAAAGUGAGAGAGGUGGCAAUCCCACGUACCACCAGUGUGACUUCAUGCAUUCAGAAACUUGAAGCUGGUGGAAGAUUUGAACUGAAGCAGAGUAUGGUGCAUCUAUUGCACACAAAUGGACAGUUCACUAGUUUAUCGCAUGAGGAUCAACAAGUUCAUAUCCAGAAUUUCCUCAAGAUCAGUAACACUUACACUCCAGCUGGAGUGAACGUAGAUUAUGUGAGGCUCACACUAUUUCCCUUUUCUGUGCUAGGGAAAACAGCUAAGCUAAGGAGUGGCAUACUCAGCUUCCGACAGAAAGGAGGAGAGAACUUGUACCAGGCUUGGGACAGAUUCAAAUUGAAGUUGUUGAGUUGUCCGCACCAUCAUCAGGCUAACGAGGUGUUGGUCCAUACCUUCAUUGAAGGAUUAGAGCCUAACACCAAGAUUUUACUUGAUUCAGCUGCAGGUGGACAAGCUUUGGAGAAGACUUAUGUUGAGUUGUUCACCCUGUUGAACAAGAUUUCACAAGGGAACCCCGAGUGGAAUGGAGGAGGAGCUAAACCCGUGAUACAGAAAACUGUUGGAAUGUUGGAGGUAGAUGCAGUGAGUGCAUUAACUGCACAAAUUGUUGCAAUGCAGAACAUGAUGAACACUCACUUCAACAACCUAUCGCUGGGACAACAACCAACUCAGGUGAAUGCAGUCCAACAACCACCCACAUGGUGUGAAAUUUGCGGAGGAGGAGAUCACAAUGCAGAGGUAUGUGGUGCAAACCCAGAUUCUGCAAAUUUUGUAGAAAAUGCACAACGUGGAGGAGGUCAUCAGAAGUAUGGGAAUUCUUAUAAUCCCAGUUGGCAGAAUCAUUCGAAUUUUUUCUGA